AUGGCGCCAUCCAUCAACAAAAAGCGCACCAUCUCACAGGCCAACGCCCCAAGUCUACCUAUUGUCAGACCCGCAUUUCCUUUACCGUGGAUCAGUCAAGCUCCCUUACAUCAUCGCAGUUUACCUCUGCGCAGCGAGGAGUUUCUAAAACUAGCGAAGAAGUUCAACGGCACAGAUCAAGCAGGUCCAGACGACGAAGAGGAUAUGGCAACGACGACAAACAGAAUGCCACUUAUAAUAACGGAAGAGGAGGAGGAAGAGUUGGCAAAGCAUACACCAGCCGGCUACGAAGGGACAUUGGCACCAGCAAUAGACCUCGUCGACAUGGUCUUGUUGCAAGAGCGCUUCAAGAAUUAUCCUAGGCUUCUUCAGUCAGUGGCGUUUGGCAAUCUUGCGUUCGACCGCAACAACGACGCAGUACUCGCAGCGAUCCUGGACAAGCUUUGGGACCAGGCAGCGAACCAACCCGGCAUCUACCACCAGCAACUCGUAAACGACGAUGGCUACUCUCCAACCGUGGAAGAGCUGUACGAGAUCAGUAAGUAUAUGCUCGGCUACGUCAAGGGCUACAAUCAUGAGCUCUGUGGCGAGAUCAAGCCAGGCACAUUCAACGCUGUCGAUGCCCAGCUUGCGAACACCAUUGACAACUUCAAGGCCGACAAGUACAAGGUGCAAUUGAAGCUCAGCGCGCGAGAGCCAGCUUCAUAUCGGGCGUACAUGUGGAGCGAUUACUAUGUCGAGCACGCGAAGAAGCCAGGCGAAUACGAGGCUCACGAGAUGUACAGAGCUCCCCAGCCACAGCUAGCAAAGCUGGCAACUACCGGUAUCGCAAAGGGCAAGGCUUCGAGCAGCAAGAAGCUUCGGGUGUGGCGAUUGGUUCCGGAUCGGAUCAAGAGGACGAUCACAUUUGUCAAUGCGCUGCAGAAACGCCUCAAUGAAGUCCUCAAAGCCGACUGGAACAAGCCACUGGAAUUCCCUUUGGUCGACGUUGGCUACUCGAACGAAUGUAUCCCGCGCCUGCGCGAACAAGCGUCGCACCACUACUCCAACUACCUGAUGGCCCUCACCGAAACCCUUUGCGCGAUACUGCCCACGACUUUACAAGAAUGGAGUAGCAAUGGUCCAUACCACAUCGAACAGGCCGUCAUAUACCUCGUCUACAAGCCCGAACAGUCCGAAAUCUCCGAGAUUGGCUGGACAAAGCUGGCUGACGGCUAUAUCCACAACGGCGGUGGUUUCAGCCAUUAUCCAGCAGGGUUGAGCAAUGCAUCGGCAUCCAAGACAUCUGUCCUCAUCUGGUCGGCAGCCAUGAUGUAUGUGGUGAAAGAAUCGGCAAUGAAGCUCAAUGCCCAGGCGGAAAUAGACAGUGAGCAGGCAAAGACCGAUGCUGUCACCAAACAACUCGAGGAACUUCUGCUUGAGGAGGAAGCUGUCGACAAAGAGCGUGACGAAGCGAGGACUGCGCUCUUCACUCUAUGCGAGAAAAUGUCACCCGAGACAGAGAUGGGUACCCAGUUCGCGUUAGCUUUAGAACUCACGAAGGAGACAGAUAGGACGAUCGAGAAAAUUGCUGUAUACGAAAAGGAAUUCUUCCGGGAAUUUGAGUUACGGAAUGCCCUUGAAUUGAAGAUAGAAAAGUUUCAAUCAGACGCCCAAGAGGUGAGCAAGUAUCAUCACCGCUUCAUGAGAACAAUGCAUGAUAUUAGGGAGUUCGACAAGGAGGGCGAAGGGAGCGGCUCAAAGGACCUCGUGGACGAAAUAGAGGUGGUGGAAGAUGAAGAGGUGGAAGCGGAAGAGAUGGAUGGAGUAGAAUAG